GCGUACCAGUACCAGGAGUACAAGAACCCUACGUGCCGUUCCGAAGUAUCUUGUUCUUGUGUCAAGAUGAAGAUGUUGCCGAAUACUGUAGACACAGACAUUCAACUUCAUCUCAAACUUCCUGCCAAGAGACCCAUUGAACUCAUUUCCUUCCCUGACGCGAUACGAGUAGAUCGAAAGAAUCCAAAGAACAUCAAAGAAUAGAAAGAACUAUUAUUUGUUGCAAAAGUGCCCUCAUUCUUAGUUCCUGUCCCCUAAGACAAGCUCUCCUCUCUAUUCCGGAGACCACCAGUUGCGGUACUCGUACCCUCGGAAUAAUAGGAAUCCGGCCACGCAGGAAGCAUCGCGUUUGGUUUGUUCCCAUUGCUUUGCUCAUCAGGUACCUUUUCGUAUCGUAGUCUUUUAUCUCAUCUUAUUGCGAUAGUCGCACGUGUCGAUUGCCAUGUCUACGGAUUCUUCUUCAAACCCCACCCCCAAGCCAGGGGCAGCUGCAGCUACAGCUACACCCGCAACACACCCGACCGACACUUCUGUGUCAAAGGCGACAACAACUACUGUGGGUACCAGCACGGUUGCUGAGAAAUCAGCAGAUAGUUCCGGAUUGGAGAGCCUGGGCGAACAGGUUUCCCAGAACAACACUCCUACGACCCAGCCUCUACGCAUCGACACCACGAAAAUGAUGUUUGAAGCUCGAUUGACGGGGUCAUUUUCCAACUUGCAAAACCGCGAGAACACGCUCUUACGGCGCAAAGAUGCUCUGUCCUCGAGAUCUGGAAGCGAAUCCCCGCAUUACCGCGGACAAAGCACUAACACUUUUGACGGUGGCUCUUCCAUUUCCAGCCUGGAAGAUCAAGGCAUCGAUACGGAUAUUCUAACCGACAAAAUGGGGGUUUUGGAACUCAAUCUCAAGGACCAACAGGAAAUCGCGCAUAGUCUGCACAAAUCAUUAUCGAAUCUACCGGCCGUAAACGAGCGAUUGAGAGAUGAGACGUUGGAGGAUUGCCACGCAUUUACGGACUUGAAACGGGAAGGAACGCUCUCGAGAGGAGGAUCUAUCACGACGGGCGGGGAAGUGACACUGGAGCCAUUGGAAGAAAUCGAAGACGAAGGAGACCCCAAUGAAAGGACAUCGAAAAUCAAAAUUACAAAUUUGGCUGAAAUCCUAGAGGCACCGGACGAAGAAGAAACCGCAGACGCAAAUGCGCCUCCGGAAAACAAAGCACCAGUACCGAGUUGAAUUGGUUUCCCCCCUCUGGAAAUUAGCAAUAUUGAAACACUGAACCAGCCUAUUUUAUCCCGUACAACCUUUCCCUCAUUAACAAAAUUAAUUUAUCCUG